CUGCGCAGAAGGGAUGCGCGUGCGUCUUUCAAAAUACCUAUUUAUAAUAUUAAUAUUCUAAUAAUUUACAGUAAACUUUAUUAUUAUUGAUAAGUCAAGUUAAUAGUGUGAAAGUGUAUGUUUAGUAUCGUAAAUGAAAAGAAGGUAUUAUUGUUAAAUUCAUUAUUUUUUAAAUAUGAUCUUUGACUGAACUUGAACAAUUUAUUAUUCGAUCAUUGUAUUGGAUAGUAUAUUUAAAUAUUAUAAUCAUAAAUUAAUUUUUUUUUCCCAGAUUUCAAAUUCAUUUCACCUUCGAUUAAUAAAAGGAGCACAGAAAAUUAUAGGAAUGUCUAAUGAAAUUAGUCAUUUGUUCACCUUUAAUUCUGGAACUAGACAGCAAAAUACUGAAAGAGUUGGUAUUUUUUUAAAAUAAUAGAAUUAAUUAAAAUUAUUAAAAUGAAAAUAGUUAGAUUUAGGAUAAUAGUAUUUUGUCUAAUGUAAAUUCAAGAUUUAAAUUAAAUUAAUAUUGUGAACUAUUCUGUUUGUAGCUGACAGCGCACAAGCUGUCAAUAAUGGCUUUGGUGUAUGAAUACCAGCAACUGAUAGGGCUGCAAGACAAGAUUGACGAAAGCACAGAACAAAACCAGUUUCUUACAGACAGAGAAAAAAGAGUCUUUAUGGUUCUUUUGCUCAAUCUUCUUCAGGUUAGUUAUUAAAUGUCAUAUACAUUUUAUUUUUACAAAAUAGCUGUAUUGCUGAAUUUCCAGGAGCUAAGAACUAAUAGUGCAUCAACUUUUUAGAUAUCUUCUGUAAAUUAAAAAUAAAGUGUUCGGACUUCCACUGAAAUGCAGAUGAAUCGGUACUGCACAAAAUUUGUUUUGACUAAUGUGUUUCUGUGCUUAAAAAAGAAAAUUAAUCACUUUUUGGUGUUAUUGUUCAUAACAUUAAUAGUUGAUUUUCAAUGGAUCUUACUAAUGUUUCUCCAUUAUGCCUAAUUUAGAGCCCUGAUAUGGACUUGAAAACAUUGAGACAACACAUUGAUCAUGCUUUGAAACCAGCAAUCUUGGAAGCUGUUUAUGAACUGUGAGAUCUUCUAUAAAUCUGUAAUAGAGGCAAAGUGUGCACAUGUUAAAUGCUUUUAUCACUUUAUUUAAUAACAUUUUUAACAUGUGGAGUAGCUGAAAUUCUGAAUAUCAAUACUAAAAUUAAACAGCCAUUGUUAGGAUUAUAUAAAUCAUUUUCAAGAUCCUUUCAACUAAUUAAAUUUGCAGCUAUGUACAAUUUAACAACUUAUAAUUGAAUUAUUACUAAUUUCUUACAGGCUUCGCACAAUUUCACAUUCAGGAGUAAAACCAAUCAAUGAUUUCUUUGACAAUAUUUCUACAUUGUUGUCAACUAAUGAGAAAGAAGGUGUUAUACGCAGAGAGAGCAUUAUGGGUAAUUUAUUUUAUUUAAUCAGUUAUUUCAACUGAUGAGAUCUUCAUCUUUUCAUCAUCCUCAUGUUUAAUUAAUUUCUGAAAUUGUAAAGCUAUUCGAAUGAUUGAUAAGUGGAGCUACUUGAAUGAUUGAUAAGUAAAACUACUCGAAUGAUUGAUGAGUUAAGCUACUUGAAGAAUUGAUAAGUAAAGUUACUCAAAUGUUUGAUAAGAUGCACACACACAAAUAAUUGUAAGUAUAAUAAUCAUUUUCAAAUUAUACUAAAAUAUAUUAAAAAAUUGUUAAUAAAUCUUUCAAACACUUAAGUUCUAGGUUAUUACAGAUUUUUUUAUUCUGUUUUGAAAUAUUUCUUAAGGCUUAUACAUUAGAAGGAUGGAGCUGGCUUAUAAUGAGAUGUCAUUCAGUCAAGUUGUUGAUAUGUAUGUAAGUAUGUCAAAAAGAAACAAAAAUCGGCACCAGGUUACACCAGACAAAUUGCCUAAAAUAAGGCAUGUGAAAUGCCUCUAUAGAAAAUGUGCGAUCCACAUUAAAUCAUGAUAGAAUGGGUGUGCAACAGUCCCAAUGCAAUAAUCAUAUUAAUUUUUAGUUUGGGGGAGGAUGGGGUGUUGUUUUCUGACAUUUCAAGACUCUAAAGAUUUGUUCAAACAUAAAAAUUCAACAUUUUAAUUUAUUUUUGACUUUUAGAUAUAAAAUUACAAUUACAUUCUUGUAAAAAAAAAAUAAUAAUAAUUCUAUGACAUUAAUGAUAAAUUGAUUUAAUGAAUUAUUUUUUUCCCUCUUGCUCUCAAGAAUAAAGUGCGGAGAUAUUAUGAACUAGGUUUUCCAGAGAGUAAAGAGGAGGUUGAUAAGCACUGUUGGAGAAAAUCUGGCACAUUUGGCGUUUCAGACUCAGCUCUUAGUAUGUCACUGCUUGAAGAUCAGUCAGUUUUGGAACCUCCUAGCAGCCAGUAAGUUAAUGCUUUUAAGUCCAUCUAAUGUAACUAUCUAAUGUAACCAUCUAAUGUAACCAUCUAAUCCUUGAAGUUAAAAUAGGGAGGGGUGGUAAAUGUGUUAAAUCGAAAUAUUAAACAAGGUAAAAAUAAAAGAUAAAAAACUAUAUGAAAUUUUUAACUGAAUUUCCACAAUCCACUAAAAGUUUUUUAAACGAGGGUGAGAUACAUUUAUACACCUUCAAAUAUUUUUUUUAAAAAUUUUUUCAUAAAAUAUUACUCUUUGAAAAUAGGAAAGAUUUAUAAUCAUCUUUGGCCUUGUUGUACCAAUUAAAGAUAAACAAGUAUGCAAAGUCAUACAGGGCUCUGUUUCUUUUUUUCCUCCAUUUUUUUUACAGAAACUUCUUUUCCAAGAAACAAGCUGAAUAUUUUAUUGCCAACCAAGCACUACUGUUGAGUCAUGACGAGGGGAAAGCACUCCCACCAGACCAGCUACAACAGAGGAUUUCCAGUAUCCUGUCAGCUAAUCCAGACCUGGCAGAAGCAGUAAGAAAAUCUAAUUCUUUGUUAAAAUUUGAAGUACUCAUUUAUCAUUUUUAAUAUUCACUUCAGGGGAAAAAUAAGAAAACUACAAUAUUUUUUAUUGUUAAAAAUGGAAAGAGUUUAUUUCAUUUAGAAAAUAAAAUGAAAGGAAAAUUGUUUAACAUGUUAUGCUUAAAUAACAAAAUACCUAGUGUCUAACCUGCGCACAAAUAACAAAAUACGUAGUGUCUAACUACAUUAGAGUUUAAUGGUAAGGCAGAUGUUUUUAAUGUAAUUAAGAUUAUAAUUAUUCACUAUUUUUACUUCCUCAGCAUUUCCUUAGUUACAUUAACAGCUUGAGGGUCAAAGAAUAUUGCACAGCUUUACAUAACUUGUAUCACUACUUUGAUAGAAAGGCAUGCGCUCCAACAGAAACGAACCCACCCAAAAAGAAGGGCGCUGCAGAAGAAGUUGCCAUGCGAUAUGCAGCCCUUAACCUUGCAUCGCUCCAGUUCCGAUUUGGGAAUAAGUGAGAAAUUCUGUUUGAAAUGUGUUUAUUAGGUUUGCGCAAUUUUGCCUGAAUGGCUUAAAGAAUAAUCUUAUUUCUUUUCAUAAAGUACUCUGACAUAAAUAAGGAAUUAUUGAGGUCAAAAUAUGAAAAAGCUUGAAGUAUUGAACAAAACAACACAACUGACUAUCGGACUGAAAGACUUCUUCAGCAAACAGAAAGAGUAAAAUAAACUUAUCUUAAUUUAAGUUGGACUCAAAAUUAAGAGGUAAACAGGAGUCAACAACAUUAAGGAAAGAAGAAUUUUAAAUACAAAAUAAGGAGAGCAUUAAGCAAUAAGGAAAAGCUUAAAACAUUUAUUUAUGUGUUUUUUUUGUGAUUUUUUUUUUUAAUAAUUACUAUCAAUUUAUCUGAUAAGGUAGCAAAAAAAUGGAGAAUUUAACAUUUUUAUAACAUUUUUCUUUCCAGAGAAGAGUGUAGGGCUGCACUACAAGAAGCAAUCAGAAUGGCACAAGAAAGCAAUGACCAGAUAUGUUUACAGCAUGCUCUUGUAAGAAUUGUUUGACAGGGAAGGUCUUCAAAAAUGAUAGUGACUAUUGUAUCUCAUCAGAGAUCUCAAAUUAAUUAUUUGUUGUGUCAAGCAAAAAAUUUAUCAGAUUUUGUAUAUCAUUAUAUAACUCUAUAAGUAGCUAUAAAAGAAUACGGUUUUAAAAUUUAAAAGCAUUGAUUAAAUUAAUAUAUUUAAUGUCUUAAUUAAAAAAUGAAAUCAUCAGAAACAAAUAAUAUUUGUUAUCAUAUGUUUUUAUGAAUGCCAUUUAUUGAACAUGGCUUUAUUUCAUGAUUGAUCCCUGAAGUUUAUUAACACAUGCUUAUCCCACAACUGUGCUGCUUAUUUUGACAGGUGUGGCUAAAUCUUUUGGGAGAAACCCACAGUGGUGUGACUCAGCUGGAGCGAUCCAUUAAGAAAACCAUUGACCUUUCAUUGCCUGUAAGUUAAAAAAAAACUGGAUCUAAUUUUCCAAGUCACUUUGAUCCCAAAAAAGCUGACAUAGGGGAUUAACACAAUUUACUAACAAACAAACAAAAAUAAUGACCCAAGGCCUUUAUCAUUAUUUGAGUGUAAUCACAACACUGUCAUAUCACUGGUUUGGGAAUUAAAUUUAUUUUUAUUUUAUUGUAGAAGGCUUCUCAAUUAUUCAUUCUUUCAUGUUAAUGAAGAUGUGAAUUUCAUAAUUGAAAUCUCUCACUACUCAGUAUCCAUAAUAUUAGUAAUAACUAUACAUGUUGUCAAUACUGUUCUUCUAACUGAUUCUUUAUUAAUAAAUACCGAUUGCAGAAAUUUUAAGUUCUAAAUAUUUGGAACAGCCUUCAGCGAACAACUGCCAGUACAGGAAAAAGUUUAGCAUAUGGUUCAUGUAAAUGUAAUGAUCAUUUCUUUAUAUCUAUCUUAUAAAAUAGAAUCUGACAGUUCUGGGAUUAAAUUGGAUCAGUAAAGGCCUUGGUACAAGAGCUGAGCUACCUGCAAGGUAAUAUAUAUACAAUUUUAAUAAAUGAAAUUAUAAUGGCCACAUGAUACAUUUGCAAAUAAUAGUUUCAUAUUUCCAAGCCAUCAUAUUUAUUUUAGCCAGCAAAAUUGGUCAGGUUCCAGUUUCUGCUACAUUAUUUAUUAAAAAGUCACUAACUCACUUACUCAGGGAAUUUAUAGAGCUGGAAGAAGUUUAUGAAUCUAUGCAAGAUUGUUACGCCCCUUUGUUGUUCAAUGAAUUUGAACAAGCUCGUGAUCUAGGGGAAUUUGCAAAGGGGAGCUAACACAGGUAGAUUUUAGACACACUGCUGGCUAAAAUGAAGACAAUCGGUGCUCUAUAUAAAUGUAAUUUGUUACAUGGAAUAUAAUAUGAACAAAGAUACAUAAAAUCUACAUAUAAAGAAAUAAAUAUAUGUCUAAAACUAAAAAUAUCUAGUUCACCCCUCACGGGUUAAAUCACCCGCCUUAUAUAGCACACAAUAACAGGGAACCCACGUCACGAGCUGAUUAUGGGUCAACCACGGGGCAGGUAUGGUCAUUCACGUGUGUAAAUAACCAAACAUAAAAUUUAAGGCCCAGUACACAGCUGUGUGUUACUUUAAAUGAUCACGAAUGUGUACGUGCUUGGGGUUACCCACAGCAGUCACACUAUGAGAGUGUAUUCUCUUAUCCUAUUGGGGGCAUACUGCCGCAUAUAAAAUGUUACAUAAAUGCAGUUACAAAUAGUGGCACAUUACCACAUCCACCCCAACUUUUAAAAUCCCAGCGGCCUCGCUGGAUCUACUACAAAACAGUAGCACAGCCAUCCCCCCAAAAAUAAGGGAGCAUAUAUAACUGUUUAACCUGGAAAAACAUACAUCAGAAACAACACAGAAAUUCUGGUAUUUAAACAUAGGAAACUUGGCAUACACAAUGUCCCCAAAUUUGCGGGAACAAAUGGUUCUUAGAAUUUAAAACUACUAUCCAUUCUAUAUUUGUAUCUUACUGUUACACUUUAUUUAUUUAGGCAUUUUUAUAUAGCGCUUACCUUAAAGCUCUAAGUGCUUUACAAUUAUUAAAAACAUGUAAACUAACUAAAAUAAAAAUGAGACAUUAGGAUAGUAACUACUUUCAAAGCAUAUGUCUCACUUAUAUGUGUUCUUUAUUGAUAUGUCAUGGGUAAUAGUAAUAUCUUAACUAGAGCGUCUAUAGAGAUAUGUACAUAAAAGUUAUGGACAUGUAAAAAUGAGAUAAUGAAAUGACAAUGAAUUAGUACUAGAUGUCAUCUUUCUCAAACUGUUUUAGUUUCCCUACACAAGUAAAUUUUCUACUAGAGUCAUGACAUUAUGUGACAAUAAAACAAAAGCAUCAUCAUUGAUAACAUUUUGUCAUCACUGUCAUGUUUUACCACAUAGUUAUCCACCUUAACUGCUUGAAACCCAGCGGCCUCGCUGGUUCAACUACAACCGUAGUAAAAUUUGCAAUACAAAAAUACAAAAAAAUCAGAGAACGAUGGAAUAUAUUUACAAAAAUAAAUAAAAACAUUUAGCAUAAACAACUAGUUUCCUUUUGUAACACUGCCUCAUGUCUGUUUCUCUCGAUUUGCGAGAUGACUCCAAAACUGUAGCCGUGGCUUAUUACAGUUUAAAUACACAAAUAAUGAAAUGCAGUUAAUUUUUAUAUUACGUAACCUUGGACAUAAAAGAGACUCCGUAUUUAUUGCUCAUGCCUUGGUCACACCUAGUUUCAAAAGGUCAUUCUUAAGCAGAGGAGACCAUCCAACUGAACUUCAUUUGAAGCAGAAGUUUUUUUCUUUAUGAAAUUUUUAAAGAUUCUUUGUGUUAACUCAGUUCACGUUAGCUAAUAGAUGGAUGACCUAUUGCUGUUGUUUAUUUAUUUAUUUAGGCAUUUUUAUAUAGUGCUUACCUUAAAGCUCUAAGCGCUUUACAAUUAUUAAAAACAUGUAAACUAAGUAUCUGUUAAUCUGUAAUUUUAAAAAAAGUGUUAAUGAAAUAAUAUAUUGUUAUUUCUAUAGGGUGAUAGACUACUUCACACAGAGUACCCUAAUCAACUGUAUGCACUCAAAUUAUGGCAUGAUGUCGUCAGGAUGUAUUCAAAGAUCAGCCAUGUGGCAUUAUUAUGGCAAGCGGUAUGUCAGCUCCCAUUAUAUCAAUAUUUUAAAAAUGAUGUUGAUCACAAACUUGGGCUUGGAUGGUAUUUAUCUUAUAGUAAUUAGUAGAGGGUGGGACUACAUUCAGGCUUAAAAGUUAAUAGACACAAACUAUUGGUCCUUAUUUUUAGCAUAUUAUUACUGAAUCCCUUAGACCAGGCCUGCACAACUUACAAUGUAAGGUGGGCCACAAUACUUUAUGAAAAAAAUGAUAAUAGGACAGGGGUGAAAGCUAUUUAGAAAAAUAAUAAUUAAGAAUAUUUCGUUACUUCGCUGGCCGCCAAGUUGGUGCUGGCGGGCCCCAUGUGACCCACGUGCCGUAUGUUGUGCAGGCCUGCCUUAGACUGUGAGUAACCAAUAUGCAAAAUGAAAUUUCAUCUAUGUCAGUUUUUUCUCAACUAUUUUACAAUUUUGUGAAAUCUCAUUUCUUUCAAAUGAUCAAAUAAUUUUUAAAAAGUUAAUCUGAAAGACUUGAUGGAAAUUUCAAUAGCUUUCUGGUUAAAUGCAAAGCAUUAGUGAGCAAGGCUACAGAAAAACAAAACAUGUAUUGAAUCAGAUAACUAGAUGUUUCUUUCUCUAUCAGCCUUAAGUUUCUGUUUUGUGUUGUUAUUCAAGCUAUUACACAUGCUGUUCUUAAUAUUUCACUCACAGGACUUCAACGCAGUCACUACUAUAUUAUGUUUUGAAUCAGAAUGACUAGAUCAUUAGUUAAUCAGGGUCAAGAAAAUUUACACCCCUCAGUUAUAAUUUUCCUGUAUGUGGCUGUAUGUGGACUGAAUGAUUUUCACAUUUUUGUGCACAGAGAACUGUGUUCCUUAGAUAGCCAGAUUGUUCUCAAUCUAAACACCAGUGUUAAUGGAGUCUACUUCAAUGGGGAGGCAGUUUGCAUAGCCCUGUGCAACCUGGCACAACAGUAUGCUGACACGGUGAGUAGGCUAAUACUAGAAGAUGAGUUGACAAAACUGUCUUGCAUUUACUUACACAAUAGUUGUGAAAGUUUUACUUAAGACAGGAUAUCUCUCCUCCUCCCCCCAUCUUUUUUUAAUUAAAAAAAUAAUAAUAAAAUUUCAUCAUUUUUUUUAUUUGCUAUUGAGGAUUGAAUUCUAUAAAAUAUGCUGUAAGGUUCUUGAAAAACAUGAUGUCAAUGAAUGGAAUAAGUUGACAUGAUUUGUUGCAAAGCAUAAAAAAUAGAUGUGCAUAACUCCAGAUAGCAGUUUAGGAUCCUUUGUAUUUAAUAUAUCAAUUUUUAUAAGGCAGUAUAUUUUUGUUGCACUUCUGUCCCACAACCAGCAACAAAUGCAUGAAAAGACAAAAGACGUGGCCAUCAUCUCAGCACAGCUCAGACUCAAUAUAGAUAAAAGCAAGACAAAGAUCAUGGAUGUUAACUCAGCCAACCAAGAGCAUAUCUCUCUGGCAGGAAAGGCACUGGAAGAAGUGGAGUCCAUCACAUACUUAGGCAGCACCAUCGACAUAAAUGGUGGAUCCGUCGCGGAUGUAAGGGCUAAAACUGGAAAAGCCAGAUCAGCAUUUGUGCUAUUAAAGAGAAUAUGGGAGUCGAAGGAGCUGAAGCUGCAAACCAAAGUCAGAAUCUUUAACACUAAUGUCAAAACAGUUCUAAUAUAUGGAGCAGAAACUUGGAAAACAACAGCAAGCAUUACGCAGAAAGUACAGACCUUCAUAAACCCAUAGAAAGAUCCUGAACAUCAAAUGGCCAAAUACCAUCACCAACAAAGAUCUACUAGAAAGGCCUCACCAGGUGCCCAUUGAUGAAGAAAUCCUAAAGAAAAGAUUGAGGUGGAUAGGGCAUACUCUCCGAAAACACCCGAUAGCAUCACCAGACAAUCCCUAACAUAGAAUCCACAGGGAAAAAGAAAGAGAGGAAGGCCAAAGAAUACAUGGAGACACAAGCUAGAGGCAGACACGCAAAAUAUGGGUUACAUCUGGAAGCAACUGGAAAGGAAAGCAGAGGACCGUGAUGAAUGGAGAAUUCUUGUUGAAGGCCUACGCCCCAGAUGGGGUAAUAAGGCAUAAGAAGAAGAUUUUUAUAGAUUUACUAUUUUUAUUUAUAAAUAUUUCUAAACUCUGAACCCAUGUGAAAGAAACAUAUCCACCACUUUUUCCUAUCAUAUGAAAUUCCAUAGAUGGAUCAUGAUUCUCAAAAGAUCUGAUGAGUUUUAAUCUAAUUUGUUUUGUCUACUGUAAACCAGGGAGACUUUGUGGCCUCAGCUGAAAUAUUGAAUCAAGCGAAAGUCAGAUUUCCUUUCAACACAUCCCAUGCAGAAAUCUGGCAGUCUUGCCAGGUGAGAAUUGCUUUCACAAGAGCGCUCAACAACAGGAAAUUGAAUGAGGCUGAACAGCUAUUGGUGGACUUGGAGGCUGUCGACGAACCAGAGGCUAAAAUAAGGUUGAGCACGUACUACAUUUGUCUUGUGAAUAAGAGCAGCUUUUCAGUGUUAAUGAAAUUGUAUAAUUUUGUGAGGCCUUUUUCUAAACAAUAUGCUUGUGCCUAGUUUCAAAAGGAUAUAAUAAAUCUCAUCCUUAACUGUUCUGUCAGUGUAUUUAUGUUUUGAAUAUCUGCUAAGCAAUUUGGAAGAAAUAAUCUCAAUAAAAAAUGAGAUAAGCUGAAAAUAAAUUAAAAACUGCAAUGUUGCUGGAUUUAUUUUAUAGACGAAGAACUUGAAGGAUUUUUUAAAAUCAAAUUGUUUUUUUUUUGUUUUUUUUUAAAUUUUCUAUCCCAUUUCCUUCACAUGCAUAUCUAGCAAGGUAAUAAAAAAUCUGUUAUGCUUUCAAAUAGGAAACCAAUGCUUCUAAAAGAAAAAGGCCAAGUAACAGAAGCAUUUGCCUGCUUGGAUCUGCUACUCAGUGAAUGUGACAAGGAAAAAUCUGAAUAUUUUGCCGACUAUAGAUGCAGGUAAUGAGAUACAUUAUUAAAAUUCGAUGAAUAUUGUUUUAACAUAUUUAACCAAAAAAAAUUGUUAUGGCUCCUAACAGUAGAUUUUCUGAAAAUUAUUUUUAAAGACUUAGGUGGUAAUAUUAACAAAUUGGUAUGAUUCAAAGAGGAGGGUAAUUUAGGCUCUCAAACUAGAUUCUAUACUAUGGAUGAAAAGUGUAUUGCACCAUGAUUAAUUGGUGAGAAACUUUACUAUCUGUUAAAAAAAGAAAUAUUCAAAUCUACUAGCACUCUUUGACCCACCAAACAAGUAUUCAGAAAAAUAUCUGCUGUAUCAGUUAGGAGAAGACACAAGGCCUACUGUUUUUUUAUAAAUUAAUAUAAGAAUAGUUGGAGUAUAUUAUAUUUGGAUUUUACCUAGCAUGAACCCUGCAUAAUGUUGGUGAAGUGCCCAACAAUAAUUUUAAAAAAUCUUUUUUUUAAUGAAAUUGUUGUGAUUAUUGUGACACACAUGUGACAUUCACAACCCAAUAGUUGAAAAUUGAUUGAAUAGACUAAUUUAAUGGUAAAAAUAUCAAAAUCUAUUAUUUCACAUAUUUCUGAUUGGACGAAAAAUAUGAUAAAUAAUCAAUAUUGCUCAAAACAUUUGCUCUAGUAGAAUAAAAAAGAAACAGCCCAAUUCAAUGCAUUUAUUACAAACUUUAUUAUGUAGGGUUCUCCUUGAGUUAGCUGCUUUGUCCAUCACCACUGGCAACCAACAGCCCCAUUCAAUGCAUUUAUUACAUACUUUAUUAUGUAGGGUUCUCCUUGAGUUAGCUGCUUUGUACAUCACCACUGGCAACCAACAGCCCCAUUCAAUGCAUUUAUUACAUACUUUAUUAUGUAGGAUUCUCCUUGAGUUAGCUGCUUUGUACAUCACCACUGGCAACCAACAGCCCCAUUCAAUGCAUUUAUUACAUACUUUAUUAUGUAGGGUUCUCCUUGAGUUAGCUGCUUUGUACAUCACCACUGGCAACCAACAGCCCCAUUCAAUGCAUUUAUUACAUACUUUAUUAUGUAGGGUUCUCCUUGAGUUAGCUGCUUUGUACAUCACCACUGGCAACCAUAGCUUUGCUGUGAUCCAUAUAACAGACUGUAUAGCACAUGCUAAAAAACAUUAUCUAGAACUGUAUGCAGGUCUUGGGACAGCAUAUCUUGCCUUUGUUCAGGUCAGUUAGUUUUUUUGGCAGAUUAUAGGAACAAUAAAAUAUUUUCCAAAAUAUAUAAAGAUAAAGUCACGCUAAAAAUUUUCACAUUAGGUUAUUUUGUACCAGUUCACUUUCUUACACAUUAGCUUUCCCAGUGUCGCUCACAAGGUUAAGAAUCUGGAUCUCCCAAAGUUUGGGGACAAGACAGUGAUAUCUGAGAGGAGUUUAAAUUCUGGACUGAGGAAAUCUAGUCAGAAAUUGAACUCAAAUUGUUGAAAUUUCUUUGUUAAUAUUUUGUGUAUAUGAUUUUAAAAAAUUUUAAAAAAAAAAAUGGCUUUUAGUCAUCUGGUGUUUAUUAUAAAAAAAAUUAAAAAUUAAAUCCUUUAAAGAAAUUGUUUUUAGCAUCUUUAGUUAAUGUUCAUUAAUGUUUUUUAAUGACCCAUUUAAUGGUGUUAAUAAUGAAAUAAUCAGUAAAAACUUAUGCAAUAAAAUAGGUAUAAAAGCUUUCAAAUUGCUGAAGAAAUUUCAAGAUAUAGAAAUACAGCAGUUCAAUCUGAAAAUAUUCUUUGAAAUGCAUCCACAUAAUUUUUUUCUAACACUUUAUAAUCCCCGAAACACAGCUAAAUAUGAAUUUACCAGAGCAAGGCAUAAAACUCAUUGAGUCUCAUCUCAUGAGCAUCCUUACCAAUGCCUCAGCUCAGGACAAGGCACGAGUGUUGUAUGUUUAUGCAAGGUGUAAAGUGGCGGCGGCAAAAAAUGCAAAUUUGAGUAAAGCUGCUAAAAAAUCAGGUAACAGGAAAUCAUCAGGGUUGUUUCCUACCUUAAUUAAUAAAGGUAUUCUACAGUUAUGUUUAAUUUAUUAUGCUACUAAAAAUAGCAAGGCAUAAAACAUAAAACUAUAAAUACUAUUUUAUUUUUUGCAUUUUAUUUUAACAUUUUUAAAUUUAACUCUCAUAAUCAACCUUUUUAAAGAGUUUUGAUUUUAGGUAUUUGUUAAAUAUUCUCGGAGAAGUACGUAAUUAAAAAAAAACCUGGAAGUGUAGUAAGCUUGCAUGUGUAGUAAGCUUGCAUGGGGGAUCUGAUGCAGCAUCAUGGCAAGAAUACAGAAGGCAAGAGGAGAUUUUUACUUACUUAACCAUUUCGUUACCGAUGAAGUUGACGUGACGUCACAAUCACCCACUUUCAAUUACCAAGGACAUCUCAUUGUCAUCGUAACAAAGAGGCAAAGAACUUUUAUGAAAUACCAAGGACGUCACAUCGACGUCAUAUUUCAAUGCUAUAUAUUUCUUUAUUCAAUAAUCUCUAGAGAAGUUAAAAAGAAAAUUGGAUAGAGAAUUAAAAAUACCGGAAAUGACUUAAAUUUUUUUGCUGCUGAGUCAGAAAAAAUCAAUGCCAAAACCAGCGGUAAUGAAAGGGUUAAAAAUAUUUGGAACUCAAGGUAAAUAAGGAGAAAGACAAAAAUAAGAAUUUUUUACUCAAAUGUAAAGUCAGUUUUGUAUUAGUGGUUGUGCUCAGAAAGCUGGUGAUCAACAAAGAAAGAUUGUAAAAGACUUGUAACCUUCAUUAAGAGUUGCCUGCGUAAAAUUCUUAACAUCAGUUGGUUCCUCAAAAUCCCAAACACAGUGUGAUGAAAGCACGAAUCCAAGUGGAGCAAGAAAUUCGGAAAUGAAGGUUGAAAUGGAUGGUGGGGAACACCCAAGGAUCAAGAGGAUGGGGCAGAGCCAAAACCACCUGGCGUAGAGACGGAUGAUCUUAAGAUUGGAACGUGUCGGAAAGAGUUUGAGAAGAUUACAAGAGACUGGAAGGCAUGGAAAUAUAUUGUUUAUUUCGGGUGGCUCUUCAAUUCUUUUUGAUGCUCAAAAUUAGAAAUAUUUUUGUUGUUUUUAAAUUUUGUAUUGUUUAACUUAAAAAAUUGUAAAAGAGUUUGCUAUUCACUUUUAUAAAAUUAACUUUCUGAAAAUUCCAUCCAUCCUUGUGACGCUAAUGCCCAUAUAAAGCUUUGGCCUGUCUCACCAUUUCCUCGCACUCAGACCUAACAUGCUUUUCUUUUCCAUUCUUGGAUUCCCAGCUGAUGUAGAUCUUUUUCCACAUCAUCCAUCCAUCUAAGCCUAGGUCUGCCUUUGAGCCAUUUCCUCUGGGGUUUUGGUGAUGCACCAACUUCACUGUCAUUUCACUCUGCAAAAUUUAUUUAAUUAAUAACAAACAAAAGUAAAUAUAAAAUUUUUUGCUCUAUUUGAUUGCUUAAAAAGUAGAAUGCUAAAUUGUUUCAGAAUUGAUAUCUGCCCUGAACUUGAUGUCGACCAUCACUUCCUUGUUUAAAUCUGUCGAGGCCCACAUGAUGGAAAAAGAUGCAUUAUACUUUCAAGCCCUGCUCUACAAUGAAAUGGGGAACAUCGACUUGCGCAACAGCUGUGCCCACCAGUUCAAAUUGUUGGACAAAUUGUAUCCCACACUUAGUUCAGUUUCAGUCAAUUUUGUUUGAUAGGGAUUAUUGUUAGCUGUACUAUGUUUGUGUUAUAUUUUAAGUGUAUUCGCAAGCGGGGGAGGGGCAUCAGUGCCUGUCUUAGCCCUAAAUCAGUUUUCUUUUUCACAUUAUUUCAGCCACUGCUAACAUACAGUAAAUUUGAAGCUACAGUUAUACACUUAAAUUAGAACCCACAAGGACUUUGAACUUUCUUAUUAUAGUUUUUUUUUAAAUUAAAAGUACAAAAGUACUGUCAUUGAAAUCUUGUAACAAUUGAAUGUUGAGAUUGAGAUAAACAACAAAUGGAAACUCCUGCUGGAUUUAAUUUUCUUGAAAUUUGUAAUUUUAACCUAUAUUUAAGGUCAUCUGAUGAAUGAAUACCCCUCAUAUUAAUAUUUUGUUGUGAACUUCCUUACUCAAUGCUAGAUUAAGAGUUUUUGAAUGUUUGUUGUAAAUGAAUUAAUUGACUGUGAAAAAAUAAUAAAAAAUUAUGCAUUAAGUUGACAUGUCUCUGAUCAUACUUUGCUUAUUUCUAUAUUCAUUACAUUU